AUGGAUCCGCUGAAGCUUUUAUCGAGGGCGACGAAGCCGUCGAAAAGCAGAUUGCCAGCAGGGUUGUCGAAUUCUCCCUCACAGGGUGCGCAGGCUUCUAAGGACGUCAACCCGAGAAAACGCAAACGUGGCGAAGGCGUUACCGACGGAAGCAAUGAUAAUGUGUUCGGUCUUGAGUUCUUCCAUCACAAUGCAGCCGGUGCUUCGCAACCAUUCCGGAACGCGUCACGUCAAUCCAAGGUUUCGCAAGACGGAAGCGAAGGCCUAGCAGCGAAACCCGAGACGGCGCUAUCAGCUGAAUUGCCCAACUCGACAACUCUCGACGGAGAAGCCAAAGCUGUACUCAAUCGGCACAAAGUCAAGAUCACGUGGCUGAACCCGGGCGUACUUUCUCAGAAGGACAGUCGAAACUGCAGCGCGAAGCGAAAGCCUGCUAAGCCAGCUUUGUAUCCACAUCCUCUGCACUCAAUUGGUGACUUGCAGCCUCGCUUCGAUAUAUCCAGAAAACUCGCAUCCAACCUUGAUGAGCAGGGUUAUGUCGCGCCAACAGAGGUGCAGCUCGCAACCCUGCCGCUCCUGCUUGACCGGACAGACUCCUUCUUACCAAGAUCCCUGGACGCCACAGAAUCCGGACCGUACGGCCUUGAUAUGCUUACAGUAGCGCCCACCGGUAGCGGCAAGACGCUGGCAUUUCUCGUACCACUGGUACACAAAGCUCGCCAUCAGCGGCGAACCAAGGUGGUAGGCGACAACGGCCAAGCCAAGGCGAUUAUACUAGCACCCACCAAGGAGCUUGUGUCCCAGAUUGUGAACGAGGGACGCAAGCUUACGCAAGGUACAGGAGUCAGGGUUGUUCAGCUGCGCAAAGGUAUGCGUCUAAUUGCGCGUAACGACAGUGACCGUGGGACUGUCGCCGCUGCCGCGGAUGCGCCAAGUUCAGGGGUCCGCACAAUUGUGAGGGCAGAUAUACUAGUUAGCACGCCCGGUUUGCUACACGCUAUGCUCCGCGACGAUGAAAUAUCAUCGGCGGACUUAGUCAAUGUUAGCAGUCUGAUACUGGACGAGGCAGAUGUUCUUCUCGAUCCUCUGUUUCGCGAACAGACCCUUUCUACAUGGGACAAUCUCAACAAUCCGGAGCUGAGAGUAAGCCUCUGGUCCGCGACCAUGGGAAGCAACAUUGAGGAGCUCACAAGGUCAACGCUCGAACGACGGCUGAAACGGCUGCGGGAGCAGCACGGCUUGCAGGUGGAAGAAGCACCCUUGAUCCGAGUGGUAGUUGGUCUCAAGGACUCAGCUGUGUCAAACGUGCAGCACCGGCUCGUGUAUGCAGCCACAGAGCAAGGUAAGCUCAUGGCUUUGCGUCAACUCCUACACCCAACUUCAACAUCAAAAGACAUUGGUCCAUCACUCUUACCGCCGUUUCUGGUUUUCACGCAAACCAUAGAGCGUGCCAUCGCCCUGCACUCCGAGUUGCUGUACGACAUACCUGCAGAAGCCGGCGGCAUCAGCCGCAUCGCUGUAUUGCAUGCGGAUCUCUCCGACACUGCUCGAGACAGUGUCAUGACGCGCUUCCGGAAAGGCGAAAUCUGGGUUCUGAUCACUACUGACCUGCUCUCUCGUGGCGUUGACUUUCGCGGCGUCAACGGUGUCGUGAACUACGAUAUACCAACUUCAAGCGCGGCCUACGUUCACCGUGUUGGUCGUACCGGACGUGCUGGGCGGGUAGGUGGGGUGGCUGUAACUCUAUACAGCAGGGAAGACAUGCCGUACAUGAAGCAUGUAGCGAACGUUGUCGCUAUAGCCCAAAAGCAGCAAGUCAGAGCGGAUGGCGGCGUUGACAAUCAGCAGUGGUUGCUCGAUACGCUUCCCAAGCUCAGCAAGCAAGAGAAGGAGAAGUUCAAGAAGGGUGGCAUCGAGUCGAGAACGGCGCGUGGCAAGGACGCUGACCCGAAGAGUGCUCGAAGGGCGCGCAUCAGCUCGAAAUCGGGCUACGUGCGGCGCGCGGAGAACAAUCGGCGGAGCGCCAUCAUUGGUAACAGGCAAAGAGCGCCGCUCACCGUUGACGGUGGUGACGAGAUCGACUUCGUGGGGUUUGACUGA